UGAUCAAUAUCGUAAGAAAGAACGAGCAAAUGGCGUCCGAGACCUCAGUUGAUUACGACCGAACCAAAGAGUUGAAAGAGUUCGACGAUACGAAAGCCGGUGUCAAAGGACUUGUCGACGCCGGAAUACUUAACAUCCCCAAGAUUUUCGUCCGACCAGCCGAGGAACUUGACGCCGACGAACUUAACACCGGCCAGAAAAGCAUCGAAGUCCCGAUCAUAGACUUAAGCGACAUCGGAGACGAAAACCGGCGUAAGGAGAUCGUAAACGAGGUGAGAGUUGCGUCAGAGGAAUGGGGUUUCUUCCAAGUGAUAAACCAUGGGAUCCCUUUAAGUGUUUUGGAUGAAAUGAUCGAAGGGAUACGUUUGUUUAAUGAGCAAGACUUGGAGCAGAAGAAAGAAUUUUAUAGCCGUGACAGAGCAAAGAAAGUGAAGUUCAGCUCAAAUUUUGAUCUUUUCACUUCCAAAACAGCUGAUUGGAGGGACACCCUGACCCUUUCUUUCCUUGAUUCUGAUCCUGACCCUUCGGAUAUGCCCCAAAUCUGCAGGCGGUCGACAGUUGAGUAUAUUAAGCAUAUGAAAAGAUUGGGAGAAACUUUGUUCGAGUUGCUAUCGGAGGCUCUCGGUCUUCGACCGGACCACCUCGGCUCGAUCGGAUGUUGUAAUGGGAGUAGCUUACACUCCCACUACUAUCCACCGUGCCCUCAGCCUGAACUGACAUUAGGGGUAAGAAAACAUGCUGAUCCAGGCAUAUUGACAUUGCUUUUGCAGAACAAUAUCAGUGGCCUCCAAGUUCUUCAUGAUGACCAAUGGUUUGAUGCCAGCCCCACUCGAGGCGGCUUGGUCGUGAACAUCGGUGAUCUUCUUCAGGUUUUAUCGAAUGAUAAGUUCAAGAGUGUGAAGCACAGAGCAAUUGCCAAUCAUGCCGGACCGAGAAUCACGGUGCCGUGCUUUUUCUCGGGACAUGCUACCCUGCUUGAGCAGCCAUUCGGGCCGAUCAAAGAGCUGAUAUCGGAGGUGAAUCCUCCUCGUUACAAAGAAUUCUUGCUGAAGGACUACGUUACCAAGUUCCUGUCUAGCUCGCUUGAUAACAAGCCUCCUAUAGAUUACUACAGGCUGUGAAGCUAAAACCAUCAAUACCUUGUCUGAAAAUUGACAGCU